AUGGUUGGCAUAUCUAAUUUUGAAUGGUGUUUCACUUAUACCGAUGUAGGAUUUGUUGAAAGGAGUGUUAGUAGGGAUUUUGGAACUUAUAUUGGCUUGUUCAAUGAUAUUGAGAUAGGUAUCAAUGACUCUAAUGAGUUGCCAGACCAUAAUUCCGACAAACUUUUUCUUGCCGAUGACAUCGAUGACUCCCAAAAAACAUCAUCACAUUUAAAAAAGGAUCAGUUGCAUUUUGUACUUGAUUGCCACAAUGACCAACAAAUUUAUAAAAGUGAUCUUUCUAUACCAAUCUCUAACGAUCCUGCACUAUGGAAAUCAAUAUCAGACACUGAUCGAACGAAUAUAAUUCUGAUGGGACCUUCUUCAAAUCCUAGCAAUUUUCCAAGAGAUCAAAAAGAACGCAAAUUCCCUAUUUAUAUCUUUUUAGAGGAACAAAGAGUCGGAGAAAAACUGUGGGAGGUCAAAAAAAGGUUCGUUAAGCUAGAAGAACUUGAAAAAAAGAAGGGGUCUGAUAUAACAAAGUUGAUAUUGAAUGUGUUGGAAGAGAAUGAGCUCGACAUAAAAAAUUGUCGUGGUCAAGGCUACGACAACGGCGCUAAUAUGGCUGGUAUUUACAAUGGAGUUCAAGCUUUGAUAAGACAGAGUAAUCCACAAGUAAUUUUUAUUCCUUGCUCUGCUCACAGUUUGAACUUAUAUGCAGUACACGCUAUUGAAUCAUCGGCUCCUGCAAAAUCCUAUUUUGUAAAUAUUCAAAAGCUAUACAAUCUGUUCAGCAGCAGCCCAGUUCGUUGGAAAAUUCUUCAAGAGGAGACAGGCCAAUCAUUUCAUAAACUUUCUGUUACACGAUGGAGUUCGAGGAUUGAAUCAGUUAAGCCACUAGCAAAAAAGCCAAGAGAGAUCUUGAAAUCAUUACAUCGUCUAAAAGAGUUAGACCUUCCAUGCGAAAAGAACGCAAAAAAGAUCAUCCCAGAUGAAACUGCUGGUUACAACCACGAAGAGGCAUCAAAAAUCUUUGAGUGUAAUGACUUCAAUGUUGCACUCGACAAUCUGAGAUCAAGAUUUAAAGUAAUAGAAGAGGAAUGUAGCAAGUUUUCCUUCCUUUGGUCUUUACAGAAAUCUCAAACAGACCAAGAACUAGGUUUAAAAGCUGAGAAUCUGGCUAAACUUUAUCUAGAAGACUUAUGUAAAAACGAAUUUUCUGAUGAAGUUCGGCAUUUUUCUUCCGUAAGAAGAAAUAUUCUAGCCAGCGAAAAGCCUGUCGAACUUCUAAAUGAAGUUUAUGCAAAGGGGCUGCAUUCAAUAUUUCCGCAAGUGUGUGUUUCUCUUAGAAUCUUUCUAACAUUGCCCGUUUCAACAUCUGAAAGAGAAAGAUCUUUCAGCAAGCUAGCUAUCAUCAAAGAUUAUCUUCGUUCCACAAUGGGCCAGGAGCGAUUGUGCUACUUGAUGAUCCUUUCAAUCGAAUCAGCUUUAGCCAUUAAUGUAAAUUAUGAAGAAGUUAUUUCAAAUUUUGCUGCUAAGAAGGCCCGGAAGAUGUAUUUGUCAAUUAAGAAUUGA